UGCAGUGGGCCUAAAAACAAGCAACUGGGAGCGGGAGGUGGAUUGAACUUCAAAGUUUGUAAGUUAGUGCGGGAAGCAACUCGAUUCAAUUGACCCCAGUCACCCAGCUUUGAUUCUUCCUUCCCCAUGGAAACUUCGGGUGCCCGCUUUCCGGUCUCCCACAAGCAGGCGUCAAUGGAGAUUAAGGGAAUCAAAACAGAUAUAGUCAUUUGUCGCCAUGAUGAUCAUUUUCUCGUUAUUGCAACUCAAAUUGGGGCAAUGGGGACUAUGCUGCAAGCCAGGAAGGAGGAGGGGAUGGCAAUUCAUCCAACCUUCUCAGUGUCAACUGUUUUUGGGAAAAGAAACGAGGCAAUGCUGAUCGCUUGUGCACGUCAGUUGAUCGAACAAAUCAGUUUAUCAGGUUCAUACAAGCCAUUAUUAAUCUCUCUUGGCCUCAAAGACCAUUCUGUGGAGACCAUGAGAGGCAUACUUUCUGCUGUGUCUGAGAAUAGACUUUGGUAGUAUUUGACUUUUGCUCAUUAGAAAAAAGGGAAAAGAAUCUGUUAAAAAUUUGCAUUAGAACCAUGUUCACUUUGGUAAAGUUAUAUAUAUAUAUAUUUCUACCUUUUAGCAUA